CGAGAGAUAAGAGACCCAGGCUCCCAGCUGAACCAGUCCCGAUCUGCUACUACAAAGACGCUACCUUACACCUACCCACAGACAGCACAGCCGCACAUUCGGAUCAUCUCCUCAUGAAUGAUAAUGUACGAGUACGGUGGAUUUUUCCGAUGUACGGCUAUGGUGUCUUGUGGGUACUGUUGUUGUGGGUAGCAGAUUUGAAUUCAGCUGUAUCUGAUUAGCGCGUUGGGUUUUGCUGGUUACAGUUCGGCGGGAUCCAGCGACAGUUCGUACUCAGAUGGUGAACCCGGAGUAUUUAUUAGCUGCCUCGUUGACCUUUUUAUCUCCCUAAAAGGCCAUAGUUCCUGGCACAUCCACCGUUUCCUACGGGAGAAGAAUGGACAAGGAGGAGAAAUGGGUGGAGGAAGAGGAGGAGGGCGGAUCGGCUUUGAAAGGAAGGCCGCCUAGACAUCAGGUUACCAUCUCUACAGAUACUACCGUUGCCACUAGUACUACUAUUGAGCAGGAAGAAAGAGCAGAAUUGGAUAGAAACUUUUCCAUGGAUUGUAAUGAUGGAGAUGGAGAUGGAGAUGGAGGAACUGUAGUUGCGGAUGGAGUUGUUGGAAUGAAAUUUAGUGUUGUUGACCAUUCCAUUUCUGAGAAAAAGCUACACAAUGAAGAAUUAGAUCUUACCACCAAGAUUCUUGAUGUUCAGAAUAAUUGGGUACCUAGAAGCAAUCAUCAAAUUCAUGAGAAUUUGAAAAAUGAGUGGCAGCAUGGUUUCAAUCUUGUGCCACAUGAAACGUCCAGUGAAAAUGUAAAUUUGAGUUUUAAGCCCGUUGAUAAACAGUUGGAAGAGCAUACAGACAUUGGAUUCAUAAAAGAGAGACAUCUGGCAGUAAUUGACUUGGAUGUUGAGAGGGUAUUAGUGGAGCAGGAAACACAUGAUUUAUACUGUCCUAACUGUAACUCAUGCAUUACUAGGAGAGUAAUUUUACGUAAAAGAAAAAGGAAAGUACAGAAUAUUCAGUAUGAUGUAAAGCAAGCAAAAAUUGAAAAAGUAGAUCAAUCUAAGUCGGAUGAUAGUUGUCCUGAGCCUUCACCUAGUGCUAAUGUUUGUGAUCCAGUUGAACCUGGUGUGGAUGGUAGUCUUCAACCUGCAGUCAAUGAUGAAGAUCAUGGGCCAGAUAUAUUCAGAUGUUUAUCUUGCUUCAGCCUUUUCACUCUGACAGCUAAUGGUUUUAAAUUAUUCCCAUGUUUUGGGGAUAGAAGUAAUGAUGAAAAUAUGCAAAGUGUACAACAGAAACCUGCUAGGAGUUCAAAUUGGUUCUCCUCUGUUUUUGAGUUGAUAAAGGGUAAACGCACAGGGGAUGCAGUACGACAUGUUAAGGGAGAUGCAGACUUAAAUCCACAACAUUCUUUGGCUGAAUCUGAAACUAACCAGAAAACAUUAACAACAGAGAACAUCGUUUCAUCACUACCUUUGACAUUUCUGACUGGGGAAGAACCUGAUGUUAAUGAGAAAAUGAAGGAUCCAACAGAACUUUGGACAGAUGAGGGUGCAACUGCAAAAUCUGAUGAAGGAACCAAAUUACCUGGAUGCACCAGCACCCAAGAGCAAGUCAGUUAUCCAAAGGAAAGACCCUUGGUAGAUGAAAACACUGUUCCAAUUGGAUCAAAAAAGGAAGAUUUACUGCUAGAAGAUGUACAGGUUAACAUUAGAGAAGAUUUGGAUUAUGCACCUAGAAAGAGCACUGCAGCAUUUACAGCAGAGAACACUGUUUCAUUGCCACCUUUGACAUUUCUAAUUGGUGAAGAACUUGAUGUUAAUGAGAAGAUGAAGGAUUCAACAGAACUUUGGACAGAUAAGAGUGCAACUGCAAAAUCUGAUGAAGCAGGAAUCAAAUUACCUGGAUGCACCAGCAGCCAAGAGCAAGUAAGUUAUCCAAAGGGAAGCUCCUUGGGAGAUGAAAACUCUGUUCCAAUUGAAUCGAAAAAGGAAGCUUUGCUGCUUCAAGACAUACAAAUUAGCAUUAGAGAAGACUUGGAUUAUGCACCUAGAAAGAUCACUGCAGGGUCACCUUCUUAUGUCAUGGAGAACAUUGUUCCAGAAUCAAUGAGGAAUGUUUUGCCUCAUGAAACUGAAAUCUCUAUUUGUGAACAAAGAUCACAUGAAACCAGAAGAAUUCACAAGUGGGAUGUCUUGAACUGCAUCAUAUAUGGUGGUUUAAUUGAAUCAAUUAUAAGCCUUGGUGUUGUGUCAUCUGCAGCAGGAAGUGAUGCUACUACAUUGAACAUUGCAGCUCUGGGAUUGGCAAAUCUGAUUAGUGGGUUUUUCGUUAUUGUUCACAAUGUUAGGGAACUGAAAAAUGAUCAGAAUGGAGGACAGACCACUACUGCAGAUGAUAAUGUUGAUCGAUACCAACGAGUAUUGGGUCAAAGAGAGAACUUCUUAUUGCAUAUAAUUGUCGUUAUGCUCUCAUAUCUUGUCUUUGGGUCAUUACCACCAGUCAUAUAUGGUUUCUCUUUCUAUAAGAGCAAUAACAAGGAAUAUAAACUCAUAACAGUUGGAGUUGCCUCCCUUCUAUGCAUCUUUCUACUUUCUAUUGGAAAAGCCCAUGUUCAGAAGCCACCGAGGUCUUAUUCCAAAACCAUAAUGUACUACGUUGGGAUUGCAUUGACAGCAUCAGGUCUUUCUUAUGUGGUAGGUGUGCUGAUCAAGAAGCUGUUUGCAGAAGUUGGUUGGUUUGACCAGAGUGUGACCACUUCCUUGCAUCCUUUGCCUGUAUUUCUUGAUACAAGAGUAAUGAUUCCUCAAGAAUUGAUUUCUUAUUAGAGAGUUAGAGACAGGUACUAGGUUCAUAGAUUUUUCCAGACAUAAUUAAACAGUAGAGGUUCAGUUGAUUGUAUCAAUGAUUGCAGUCAACCAAUUCUGCCAUGGUUUUUUUUGUAUAAAUUAUCGGUUUUUGAGGUUAUGGAUAUGUGCCAUGGGUAGGGCGGCCGAAGCCCGAAACAAUUCAUUCCACUUGUAUCCACAAUAUAUAGACCAAGAAGUUCAUAGUAUCAGUAUUCA